CCGGGGGCUGGCAUGAGCGGCUCUUCGGCGGCGCCGGGGGGCGGGUUAGCCGUCGCCGCCUGAGCCCCGGCCUGCCGCCCGACCCCACCUCGCUGACCGAGGCUGACCGCGGAGCGUGCGAACGACCCCGCUACUGCUUUCUUCCUCCCCCAGUUCACACACCCGAGCCCCGGAAGAUGGGGAACUGCCUCAAGUCCCCCACUUCGGAUGACAUAUCCCUGCUUCACGAGUCUCAGUCCGACCGGGCUAGCUUUGGCGAGGGGACGGAGCCGGAUCAGGAGCCGCCGCCGCCAUAUCAGGAACAAGUUCCAGUUCCGGUCUAUCAUCCAACACCUAGCCAGACUCGCCUAGCAACUCAGCUGACUGAAGAGGAACAAAUUAGGAUAGCUCAAAGAAUAGGCCUUAUACAGCAUCUGCCUAAAGGAGUUUAUGACCCUGGAAGAGAUGGAUCAGAAAAAAAGAUCCGGGAGUGUGUGAUCUGUAUGAUGGACUUUGUUUAUGGGGACCCAAUUCGAUUUCUGCCGUGCAUGCACAUCUAUCACCUGGACUGUAUAGACGACUGGUUGAUGAGAUCCUUCACGUGCCCCUCCUGCAUGGAGCCAGUUGAUGCAGCACUGCUUUCGUCCUACGAGACUAAUUGAGCCAGGGUCUCUCAUCUGACUUCAAGUGAACCAUCAUUUUUGGUGGUUUUGAUCUUUUGUCACUGAGCCCAAAGAGCCAGGGAUUAGGAAUUAAGAUCAUGCACAAAAGUUUCCUAAAAAUUCCUGAAUGGCUGCAGAUGUUGGGGAAAAAAAGUAUGUGAUAUUUUAGAAACUUAGGGGGAAAAGUAGGAAGGUAUUUUUAUGUAAAGCCUUGACCCAGUGUUCAAAAAUAUAAUUGUAUUUAGAUCUUGUUAUUGCUCCAGUACAUAGGAAUUGUGUAAAGUGUUAUACAGCAGCUGUAUAUGUUUAAAUUGUGUAUGUUGAAGAUUAGGAAAAAGAUAGUGGUUGUUUUUCCUAAAUGAAAUAACUUUCUUCUUCCCCCCACCCAAAUUCUUUUCUCAAGUUGCUGGCAUUUGGGUCAAGGUUUUAUUAAAAGCUACAUUUUAUAACACUGGCACAAAAAAAGUAGUUUUAAGCUUGUUUGCACAGUUCUUUUUUUCCAUUGGAAAUGGAAUUCAUUGCCUUAGGUCUUUUUAAAUAGUGUAUUAUUAUCGUUGGGGCUGGCUCUAUGCUUGAAAACCAGUUUAUUUAUAACCUGUUAUAAGUGCUAUAUCUGUUUGCAGUUAGGAAAUGCAGAAUUCAAAGUGAUCUCCUAGCUUGUAAGCAAACUGAGAUGCACUAUCCCUUUUCUACAAAAAAAUGAGUUAAUGUGUCAAGAAACCAACUCUAGUAAAGUGGGGUUUAAUAUUACCCUUUCUUAUGUGUUUCACCUAAUUAUUUUGGUUGUUAAUAUGGUGAUAAUUAAAAGUCAAGGUAAAUUUUAAAUAUUAAGAAUUCUGAUUUAUUGAGCUUGAAUUAUGCCACCAUGUUUAUGUAAAAAUGAAAGUGGCACCAUGGUUAAACUGAGAAAAGUUUCUCAGUUGUAACAAUUUUGAUUUAUUCUUUCCUGUGACCUCCUUCCCUGUUGUCUUGAACAUAGCAAAAGGAUACUGCAUCUCUUCUUAUUGUAGUGCUGAGGUUACUGAAGUUAUAUAAAACACAUCUCUGUUUCUGUUUCUUGGAAGGACAGUCCUGCUAGUUGACUGACAAUUCUAAGCAGGGAGAAUUAAGAUAAAUGUGUUUCAUGUUUUGCACACAAAUGCAGAAUUUGUAUAACCACAUGACUUCAUAGUUGUGAUCUCAAAAAAGAAGGAAUUUCUCUUUUAUCUUUUUCUUGCAGUUAAUAUAAGAACACUGAAUCUCUAAGCUUCUGAAGUGUUAGAGGUAGAGAUGGUCUAGUAAAGAUGUAGUUGUAAUGUUUUAUCCAUUUAGCAUGUGUUUAUUUUUCUUUAUGUACUCGAAGGUGACAUAUUUGUUCAACUCAGUGAUAUUACAGCUAAAAAAUCAUUCAUUAGCAAAAGGAGAAGCAAUCUCAACCCAACAAAUCAGAAAUGUUUCUUUUUAUUUUAUAUUGAGUUGAAUAUUUGACUUUAACACUUUUUUACAUACAAAACACAAGUCUCUCGAAGGGUUCUUCAUAAUUGCAUUAUAGAAGAAUUUAGUAUGUCAUAAGCACUUAAAGAUUUGACAUUCAACUGUAGCAGUAUCCAUGUUGGUUAAUUUUCUUAUGAGCCCCAUGAUGAAUUUGAGAAAAAUUGAAAGAAAUUAGAUUAUCAGGUUCUGUUAAAUUGUUACAUGUAUCUUGCUUAAGUUUUUGUUCAUUAAUUUAUAUCCAAUUACAUAAAGCAAAUUUGGAGGAAA